CCCCCAUGACUCGACAGCGACUUUAAAACAGCAGGCGGUUAUUCACGCUGACAGCAGAGCCAGUUUACUCUCAUUCACACACCCAUAGUUCAUCUCCUGACAAAGAUCUGUAGGAGUCCAUACAGAGGGAACUGGAUUCAUUCUACUAUAACGCCAAACAGCUUCCAGGAGACUACAACCGCAUCCGAUCUAACGUCGGUUUGUGUUUUCGGCCAUGGUGCUGUUGGAGGAUCAGGAAUGUGGGGUCUGUUACCUGCAUUACUCCCGCAUCGACCGCGUUCCCAGAUCUCUCCACUGCAACCACACGUUCUGCACUCCCUGUCUGGAGACAAUGGGGCUGCUCUACAGCGGCCUGCGCACCAUUCGCUGCCCCCUCUGUCGCCAGGUGACUUGUGUAGACCGAGGGCUCAGCUUGCAGGAGGCUCUUUUUGUCGACAGCCAACUGUGGGACAACAUUUGUGAUGAGCAGCAGCAGGAAGAGAACGAGAGAGAGCUGGAAGAAGAGGGGAAAAACACUAAGAUGCAGGUGCUGCCCUCACCACAGGCUGAAUGUCCCGUGCCAAAACACUACAGACCCAAAUUCAGACUCCCGACUUUCCUGAAGAGAAUGAGCUUUUCCAGGUACCCCGAAGAGAGGAUCGUUCCCACCUGCAAUGUGUUGCUCAAUUGAAGCAAAAUGUAACAACGUAUGAACAAAUGAUGUCAUGGCGAAGGCUUUCAUCGGAAGAGAUUUUUUGAAAAGCGCAACAGACGCCAUGACAACAUUAACACUCGAAGCUGUGCACUUGUCGUAUGUUCUGCUGCUGUCAUUAAAAGCGUGUGCCGUGUAGUAAUCACGCCUGGCGUACUGAAAAAGCAGGAGCAACAGUCGGUCCUGGACAAGGUUUUUAAACAAACCCAAUCUUCUCCAUGCGCUCCCGUGACUGCAUUUUCCAUUUGAAUAGCCUAGCCAGACGUCUAAAUCUCGCUCCUCCAUCUGAGGGGAACGUCUCAUUAGAUAUUCCACCCUUAAUCCGUCCCAGCUGCUGAGGCUGGAUUUGUUUCAGCUGUCCCGAGAGAGAGAGAGAGAGAGAGAGAGAGGGUCCCAGAUGCGAGGCAGGACUUUCUAAGCAGAUGGCAUCUCCCCAGGAAACAUCACCAUCCGUGUCUCAGAUAGACGCUUUUAAGUUAUUACGAGUUUUGUUAUUUAUAUAAUUUAUGAAUGAUUGUAAAUUAAAAAUUCUGAUGGCUAAAUGUUGCUGGGUUCUUCUCAGAAGGCACACCUUGACCUGUUUCACAUGGCUGUCUAGAGCAGGGUGCUUCAAAUGUUCUGAAACCAAGGACACCAAAUAAGACACAUGUCCCUCUUAUGCCCCUCUUUUGUUUAAAAUAAAGAGUAAUUUCUGAGAUAAAUGUAAUUAUAAAAUUAAUAAAAAUGUUUCCUAAGAGUAAAA